AUGAAUUUCAUCGUGGGACUCCUCUCGGGCUCUGGUGGUUCGGCACAAUCCGGCAACCGGGACGGGGCCUCCGACUCGGAUACUCCACGGAGGCACACGCCGACUUCUGAAAAUUACGGCGAAGGACCACAUGACAGUUCUACGGUGACCUCGGUGUACGGAACACCGAGAACCCAAUGUUCAUUUAGUUCGAGUGACUCUUCUCCGUCGCCGACGCUGCAGCGGUCGAACUCGACUCGACGGAACGUAUCUUCAAUAGACCUCGAGAAAUACGAGCAAGCGCUGAAGGAGCAGAAAGAAGCGAUCAAAGAAAGAAAUGAUCUGAUCAAGUUGCUGACAGAGAGACUACGCGCGACUGCGGGGGAGCAGAACCAGCUCUUGAAAGAGGAGCACGAGCGUAUAAAGGAACUCGAAAUGGAGUUGGACCACGUCAAACGGAAAAAUUCGUUGCGGCUGAACACCAGUCGAUCGCCUGAGAGUCUCAAAGCUUCCCUGAACUCGAGUCAGUCUUCUGUUGUCGUCAGAGAAUGGUCGGAUACAAGUUUCCAUGAAGUCGCUGCUCUGCGGGACCAAGUUGAGAGCCUUCGGAACGAAGUGACCCGAGUAUCCGAUGAGGCGUCCAUGUGGAAGUCCAAAUUUUCCGAGGCUCAGAAUCGAAUGCAGAUCAUCGAGGAGAGGAGUCGUGGUCUCGAAGGCGAACUCAGCGAAGUCAAAACCCAGCUGAUCUGGGCAUCCGAAGAGCAUGAGCAAGUCAAAGCAAGCCUGCAAAUUCGAGAGAGCGAACUCAACAGAGCUCAGCAAGACUUGAACCUGAAAGACGAAUCUUUGGCGGAAGCCAUGGCUCGCCUCGAGGCACUGCGAAAGUUCGAGAGCGAGAGCACCGUUCUCCAGCGAUCGCUUCAGCAGUUGAAGAACGAAUUGAAUCAGUCUCAAAACCUCAACAAAUCCCUCAGGGACCAGCUGUCGGCCACGCAGUCAGCUUUCACCGUUAACGAUUCCAUUUCGGAACAGACGCAGUACUUCGAUUUCCCGACUCCCGUACCGUCGACCUCGAGUCUCUCUCAAGCUCAACGGGACGAGAUCUCGGACUUGUUGACCGCUUGGUCGGAUUGCAAGGAAUUCGGGGCUGUAGAGUCGGUCGAAGACCUCAUCGGAACUCUACGAUCUAUCCGGGAAUACGUUCUCAGCGGCAGAGCGCAACUGCAGGAAGAGUUGGAAGACGUCUUGAAAGAGGGCCAGGAGGUGCAAGGCUUGCACGAUGUCGUUGGAAUCGUCCAAACUCUCAAGGCGUACGGACUCCAAGGUCGACGAGUUCCGAGCCUCGAGGAGGAAAUCUGCACUCUCAAGGUCAAGUUGGCUGAUUGUGAGGCGAAACUCGAUACAACUGAGAAGGAACUCGACAGAUUGAGAAGCGCUGAAUGUCGUCAGCCUUUUGUGGCAGAAAUCGAGCGAGUACGACAGGAGACCGAGGCGGACAUGGCGCAGAAAUUAUAUGCUCUCCAGUCAGAAAAUCUGCAGCUUCAGCAUAAACGUGGAUUGCUCGAGGCUCAGGUGGCGAACCUGCUCAACUCGAGCGCUCAAGGGACUGCGGAAGAGUCGUCGCAGACCAUGGAUAAUUUGCAAGAGGCCAACCUCGAGGAUUCGCGAGAAGGCAUCGAAAGCUUAUUUGAGGAGCGAGCGAAUCUCGUUAGCCGUAUCAAUGGAAAACUCGAGAAAGAUUCGAGGAAAUUGCUCAAGAAGCUCAUGAACGUUCAGGACCGGUUACUGUCAUCUGAGAAACUGCUCAUCCAGAACGACCUUGUCGAGAAGAUUCGGGUCGCGCAGAAACAGACCGAAGAAAUUGUGGAACAAAAAUACUUGGCUCAAAUAGAGUCAUUGACUGCCAAGUGGGAAUGCGACAAGAAUAUCGCUUUACACGACCAGCUGCUGCGAUAUUUACGCGAAUUGAGUGAGCCGAUGACCGUUCACGAUCACAUGGUGGCAAUUAGAGCGCUUCUAGAAGAGGAGCUCCUCGAGGCCCGACUUCAGUUCGGUCUCGUACAGUUGAACAAAAAAGAAGAAGCGCCGGCUCGAGUCACAUCCGGAACACCGAGUUCCCUUCAGCUCUAUGAACAAUUCUGCGACGGCAUCGAGAGGACCCGUGUUCAUUUCGAAGACCUCUGCGGUGUCCUCACCAAGGCGAUAAACUCGACCAAGGACGCGUUGAUCCUCAAGGACAACAAUAGACUCAACGAGCUUCAAACUUCACUGAACGAGUUCCGAGACCUGGUUUUCCUCAAAGACGAAGAACUCGGAAAACUUCGAUCCGAACUCGAAGCCGUCCGUCUGCAGAUGGGGGACCUCCUCAGCGAGAACGAAGCGCUAGUCAAGGAAAAACAGCUCUCGGAUAUUCGCUGCUUGGAGACAUCCCGAAUAGUCGAGGGAACCAAAUCGAUUCUCGGAGUGCAAUGUGAGGACUCCCGUCUAUUAGCUCUUCUCCAGGAGAUCGUGGCGGCUACGGAGUCUGAAAGCGUCAGUCUGAAGGACCUGGCCCAAGCACUUCGCAACGGCACGAAAUUAGCGGAAGAGGCGAGAAGGGUCCUGAUAUCUAAACUCAACGAUUCGCAGAUGUCUCUCGACAUGAGCGCCGUCAGUGUCAACUCCACGGUGUCGUCGGUACCGGAACAGCUGGCACAGCUCCGAAGGGAGUACGAUCAACUCCAACAGAAGCUGACCCAAGUUGAAGAACAGAAAGAGUACUUUGAAAACAUGUCUUUCGCAUCUCGGAUGGACGUGUCCGGCUGCGAAGUCAAGCUCUCGGAUUCGCUCAUAAAGCUUGUCGGCGAGCUCCGACAGGAGAAAGUCAAGUCCUCAGAGCUGCAGAAGAAGCUCGACGAAACUCUUCCAGAGGAGGGGGCCUCCAAACCGAAGAGAGCUCUCCAAUCGAACCAUCGUCUGCUGAGUAUUCUCUCGGAUGUCGUGAAGACAUGUGUUUCUUGUGAGCAGGACAUCGCUCGAGUCCUACAGGAAACCGGUGCCUUGAGCAGUUCUGAUUGCAAUUAUACGAUUCCGCUCAUAGACGAAGAGGAGCCCCUGCCCAGUUUGGGCUCGGCAUUGAACGCUUCACGGGAUGAAGGGAUCAACGGACUCUAUCCCUCGAACCAGGAGCUCAAUCAGGAGCUCAUGGAAGAUGUUAUGGAACUUCCGAUAUCUCUUGGAUCCCUCGCAGAUGGCUCCAACGAUCCCCAAGAUGACAUGGUUUUAGUUCCAUCGCGGAGACUCAAAGCUUCAGUUUCCCAGAUGGUCGAUUAUGUGAAAGCGAGUAACUCGCAUUGGAGUGCGAAGGUGCGCGAGCUCGACGACCACUUGGAUCGACUACGAGCGGAGCUGCAAGACGAAAAAGCCGCUCGCACCGAUUUUGCGGAACAGCUCGUCAAGGCAAAAGAGACGGUAAUUGCCCUUGAGGAGACUCGUGAACGUCUCUUCACGGAGCUCCAACUGACUCUCGGCAAGCUCCAUGAAGCUGAGCAUCAACUACAGGAAGAUGUCGGAACCAAGCGUAAGCUCGAAGACCGACUCCGAGACCUGGAACACAUGAAGUUCGUCAGGGACCGACAAGAUCAGAUCAUCGAGUCGAGCGAGGCCGUGAAAAAACUCAGCGAGGAGAAUUCGAGGCUGGAGAAGGAGAAUUUCUCGCUGACCCGAACCUGCCAACGGGAGAUCUCGUUGAGGGAGGAACACAUAUCCAUGCUACAGAGUCGACUGGAAGAAGCGAACUCUAGCCGCGAGGACGUCGAAGAAAAGGUCCAGGCUAUCCUGCGAGAGAAGGACCAGCAACUCGAGGCGAUGGAGCGGCAACUGCAGCAGAGCAAAAAAUUCUUCGAAGAUGUCUCCCAGGAGAAAGAUGCCGAAUGCGAGGCCUUGGAGCGCGAAAUCCGUAACUUGAGGGACAUCCUUGCCAAGGAACGCAAGCGUCGCACAACUAAUGGUGAUAACCAGAGAGAGCAGCUCGAGCUGCUCGAAUUCGAGUUGGAGCGGAAGAACUCAGACAUGGAAUUCAUGGUCAAGAAACGGUCCGAACUCGAAGUGGAGCUCCAGUCCGCUAAGGAGAAGAUCGAUGAUCUCAAGGAGGUUAUCAAUCGUCUCGAACAGGAUCUCACCUCUAAAGAAGUCAAAACCGAACUUGAGAAAUUACCUGAAAUGAGAUCGCUCUCUCCCGCUUCCGAAUCAGCUUCCGAUGUGCAAUCCGAGUCUCUGGCGAAUCAAGAUUUUGAAAUGUCAUUCAAAGUCCUCAAGGAACAACUCCGAACGAAAGACGACGCCCUACGUCAUUUGGAAAAGCAGCAGUCGCUCCUACAAGAGGUCAGCCUGCGUCUGCGUCUGAUGGGCGAGAGGUUGAGUUCUGUACUCUGUCCUCGGAAAUCCGGUACCGGAUUCGAGAUCCAGGAGCCUGGAGAGGAGCUGAUGAGUCCGAGCUCGAGUCUCCAUCUGAAUCAAUUGAAAGUCUUCGAAGAUAAUCUAGAGAAACUCCUCCAGACGGUGGAAUCUCUCCGAAAAACUGAAAGCAAGGCGAAAUCCAGAAUCGCUGUUCUCGAGAAAGAAUAUGAAGAUCACGAAGCCGAAAUCGCUGAGAUUCGCCUGAAGAAUGCGGCUCUCCUCAAUAAACUUGAGAAACGGCAGGUCGAGAUGAAUCAGCCCUCGAUAUUCGCCAGUGAACUCCAGAUGCAGGUGAUAACAGCAGAGAAAAAGUCCGAAGGAUUGGAGAACGAGCUCCAAAUCGCGGAAACCGAAGUCAAAAAGCUGAAGGAGACGAAAGUCUACCUCGAGGAGCGGCUGGACUCAGCGGUGAGAGAGCUCCAGGUUCUUCGGAAGAAACUCACGGUGUAUGAGGACUGUAUUUACAACAACGACGAACUAGAGAUUUCGAGCAGUUCUUCAACUAGAUCCUCGCCGCGCGCAUCGCCGAGAAGAGCUGUGCCAGCGAAGUCUCCCAAAGACAAUAACAACACUUCGCAGCAGUUGUGUCAGGAGUGCAUGUGGAUGAAAGAAAUGCUCGACAAGCAGGAAAGCGAGCUCGGCAAGCUCCGGAUAGAGGCUUUCGAACGAAGUGUCAACACGAAAAGGGAGUGCGCCAGCGUUUGCUCCUCGGAGAUGUCGUCAUCGCCCGAAGGAUCGCAUCAGUCCGUCCAGCUCCAGACUAGUUUCCGGGACAGCAGUCUGAACAGAGAGCUACAGGAAGAGAUCCUAUCGCUACGGAGCGAGAAGGAACUCCUCGAGCAUCGUAGGGGCGUCUACGAGAGCAAGUGUUCGACGCUGCAAUCAGAAGUAAACCAACUGAAAAACGUGGCUGAGGAACUUCGACGCAAUUUGUCUUCUACGAUUCCUCUGGAAGAGCACAGUGAGAAGCUGCGACAAUUGGAGACCGCCUUGAAAAAGGAGAAGAUGGAUGCGCUCGGCGAAUUAGAGCUCACCUGGCAGGAACGAGUGGACAUGGAGAGACAGAUGCACCUGCGGGUUUUGAAGGAAAAGGACUCGGUGCUCCGAGAGGCCGAGGAGGCUACGCUCGGUCAUCGGAAGGAGAAGGAAUUCCUUAGCGAGCAGCUCCAGGCGAGAUCCAAAGAGCUGAGGGAGUUGCAAUCGGUUCUGGCUUCACGUGAAGAGCAGGUGGUGAAACUCGAAGCCGAAGUCAAGCGGCUUCAGGCUGAGUUCCGAAAAGUUCGCAAAGCGGGAGAAGUUCUCAUCAAGGAAACUACCCUCAAGAUUAAGGAGACCAUGGGCGCGAAACUCAGGGAUUCGCUCGAGAAAAUUAGAACUCUGCAGGCUACGCUCGCGCAAACCAAGGACGAAUUGGAACGAGCCAAGGACUCGACGUCGAUGCUCGAAAUCAUCCUACGCAGAGAAGUCGAUGACGCUUUCCUGAAACGUCUGGGAGAGGCGUUCCCGGAGUGCAAGCCAUUCGAUUGGCUGCAGACGUGUGAAUCCUGCUCAAAAAUGAAACUCAUGCUCGAAGAGGCACGCGGGGAUCUCGUCGAACUACGAGCCCAAGUCAAAGCCGGCGACCCUGAAACCGAAUGGAUUUCUCUCCUGCACAAGCUAUAUUGGGUUUUCAGACGUUCGGAAAGUCGUUGCAUGCAACUUCUCGUACAGAAAUCGUACCUGCAGAAUUGCGCCUUGCGGUCGAUCGACUGUCCGCCGAGGAAGCGCUCCUUGAAAACAGUAUGCAUCGUGAUCAUGGCGGUCUACCGAAUGAGACACAGACGACUUCGUUGGACUAUGGCUGCGGUGGCUCAUCCCGAAAAAGCUACGCUCGUCGCCAAAAUCACCCCGUAUAUCCAGAACGUCCCGAACUCCAAGAAACUUCGGUCUCUGCACAUUGCUCCCCAUUCAGAAGCUCUGUCCAGCAAGUAUCCGACGCAUCUGUCGAAGUUCCCUCUUGUGGAAGGUGUGUCCGUGCCACUUAGACAGCGUGCCCGUUCGUCCGAUAAACGUGUCGUCGUUACCACAUCUUCGGCCUCGGCGAAACCCCACAAGAAUGACGACGGUACACAAAUACGCCAGCGGAAAAUGUACGUCAUUCAGUGUAACGGACGCUAGUCUGCAUGAAGUCCGAACCUGGAGGUAUCUGCAUGAUUGAAGAGUCCAUUCGCGGCUCCGUCCCCGGGUUGAGACCGCAUGGACAUGAACAGGAUUUUCAUAUGAAUUUUCAGAACGUGAUAGCUAUCGACUCCUAGAAGACAUGGUUGAAUACUAGAGACAUCGGUGAUCGUGAUCGCUGCGUUGCACAUCCGUGGACCCUCUUAAUCUCCUGAAUCUAAGAAAUGACCGAUUCGAGUCGAAGGGGAAUCGUUGUAUAAUCAUCUUCAUCA